UUGCAGGCUGAAGAUAUUGAAGAGAUUCUCGCUGAGAUUGAUGGGGAACAAAUUGAGGAACUAAAAUUCAAAUUUACAUUGCUAUCUUCAGAAUAUCAGAAGUUCUUCGAUGAUUUUGAUCGCGGAAAGCAGGGAUAUAUUAUGGCUACUCAGAUCGGUCAGAUUAUGCGCGCCAUGGAACAGGACUUUGAUGAGAAGACACUUCGUAAGUUGAUUCGAAAAUUUGACGCUGACGGUUCGGGAAAGUUGGAAUUCGAUGAGUUCUGUGCCUUGGUGUAUACGGUCGCCAACACUGUUGACAAGGACACACUACAGAAAGAGCUGCGAGAUGCGUUCCGUCUUUUCGACAAGGAGGGUAAUGGAUACAUCUCACGACCGACACUGAAGGCUCUCUUGAAGGAGAUCGCUGACGAUCUAACUGAUCAACAACUUGAAGAGGCCGUAGACGAAAUCGACGAAGACGGUUCAGGAAAGAUCGAAUUUGAGGGUACGUAA